UUUUGGGCUGAGCCCAAACACAGAAAGCCCAUUGGAAGUGAAUAUUGGACUUUUACAAAGGCUCGAGAAUAUUGAAAAUUAGGGUUAACAAAUCAAAAGCGUGAGAUUAAUUUUCACUCGUCGUCGUCGUCAACAACGUCGCCCCAAAAACCGCGUUCUUCCUCGUACGCUCUCCCCACCCACAUGCCCCAAACACUACAUAUACUCUCUCGCAGAUCUUCGCUUCACUCACUACUCUUCCCUCGAUCGAAUCACUCGUUGGAUUCGAUCCAGCAAAACCCUUGAGUGCAGACAAAAGAAAGUUGGGGAUGGGUGCCAAAGGAUUCAUCGAAGGUGGUAUCGCCUCCAUCGUCGCCGGUUGCUCCACUCACCCUCUUGAUCUCAUCAAGGUCCGUCUCCAGCUCCAUGGCGAAUCCUCCUCCGCCGUCCCCAAUCUCCGUCCUGCUCUCUCUUUCAACUCGCCCGCGCCUGGUUUUCCGGUCACUUCGCCUCCUCGUGUCGGUCCUAUUUCCCUCGGCGUUCGUAUCGUUCAGUCGGAAGGCGCGGUGGCGCUAUUCUCCGGCGUCUCUGCAACUCUUCUCCGGCAAACCCUCUAUUCCACGACCCGGAUGGGUCUGUACGAUGUGAUUAAGACCAAAUGGGCCGAACCAGGAUCUGGUAACCUGACCCUGACCCGGAAAAUCGUCGCUGGGUUGAUUGCCGGAGGGGUCGGAGCCAUUGUUGGAAACCCGGCCGACGUAGCAAUGGUGCGGAUGCAAGCCGACGGAAGGCUUCCGGCCCCGCAGCGCCGGAACUACGCCGGUGUCGGUGACGCGAUUGUACGGAUGACGAAGCAGGAAGGCGUGCGGAGCCUGUGGAGGGGCUCAGCGUUGACGGUGAACAGAGCGAUGAUCGUGACGGCGGCGCAAUUGGCGUCGUACGAUCAGAUCAAGGAGGCGAUCCUCGAGAAGGGUUUGAUGGGUGACGGCUUGGGGACGCACGUGGCGGCGAGUUUCGCGGCGGGGUUCGUAGCGGCGGUGGCAUCGAAUCCGGUGGAUGUGGUGAAGACGAGGGUGAUGAACUCGGCGGCGGGAGCGUACGGCGGCGCGUGGGAUUGCGCGGUGAAGACGGUGAGGGCGGAGGGAGUGAUGGCACUGUACAAAGGGUUUGUUCCUACGGUUUCGAGGCAAGGACCUUUCACUGUGGUAUUGUUCGUGACGCUCGAGCAGGUGAAGAAGCUGCUCAAGGAUUUUUGAGGAUUUUUUGUGAUGAUGACGACGACGAGGAAUUUUUUUUAUUAUUUUGAUUCAUUGUUCGAUUUUUUUUUUUACCAAUUUUAGUGACUAAAAUGAAAGAUACUUUUUUUGUUAAAUUUAUUUUG